CACACACUCUCCAAACCAAAAACACCCAAAAACACACACACAAACCAAAACCCCAAAAAAUGCAUAAGCUAUCCACAUUGCUCUUUUCCCUAGCUCUCUCCAUCCUCCUCUCCGAUGCCUCCGUGCAGGACUUCUGCGUGGGCGACCUGACCCUCCCGGCCGGCCCCGCAGGCUACUCCUGCAAGAGCGCCGCCAACGUCACCGCCGCCGACUUCGUCUUCACCGGCCUCCGCAAGGCCGGCAACACCACCAACAUCAUCAGCGCCGCCGUCACCCCCGCCUUCGACGCCCAGUACCCGGGCCUCAACGGCCUCGGCCUCUCCCUCGCCCGCCUCGACCUCGCCCCGGGCGGCGUCGUCCCCUUCCACACCCACCCGGGCGCCUCCGAGCUCCUCCUCGUCGUCCAGGGCACGCUCGUCGCCGGCUUCGUCUCCUCCUUCUCCAACCAGGUCUACGUCAAGAAGCUCGUCAAGGGGGACCUCAUGGUUUUCCCCCAGGGCUUGCUGCAUUUUCAGAUCAACGGCGGGGGGAGGACGGUGGUCGCGUUUGCGAGCUUCGGGAGCGCCAACCCCGGCUUGCAGAUCACGGACUAUGCGCUUUUCGCGAAUGAUUUGCCGUCGGCGUUGGUGGAGAAGACGACGUUUCUUGACGACGCGCAGGUGAAGAAGCUCAAGUCUGUGCUCGGGGGGAGUGGAUGAGGAGGAGCUUGUUUGUUGUUGUCACUCUUAUUUUUUGUUGAAUUGAUUUGGGGGAUGAAUUGUUGCAUUGAUUGAUUACUUGUAUUUGGAUUUUGCAAUGAAUUCAAACGUGGAAAAUAAUUGACAA